AUGUUCUCAGGGCGAUUUCAACGGAGCAGCAGGACACAGGCACUCCUGCUGCUCUUCGCCUUUGUAUCGUUUUUCUCAUUUACAACCGCGUCCACACCAACAUCCUUCUGCAAAUGCACCUGCUUCUCAAAUAGCACAAUAAUCCCCCUCGACCCCGGCAAAUCCAGCUCCGGCAACUCCGGUCUUAACAACGUCUACAACCUAUACGAACGCGCGUUCAACACCGGACCGGACUCGGAGCUCGAGCUCGAGACUCAGCAACAACAACAGAAACAGCACCAAUCCGAAGUUAACACCGACUCCGAAGGACAUGGUACCCUCACCGAGCGGGCGCAGAAAUACCGCGCGCUGAGCUGUAAUGAUUGCAAUCGCAAGUUUUGUCUGGAUUACGAGUUGCCGAUUUGCAAGGAUGCGAAGGAGGAGGAUGUUUUCACGACGUGUUUUCAACGAGACUCCCGAAAGGACGAGGCAGUGGUAUUCAUCUUUAUCUUUGCGACUGGCGGAUUACUCGCGUGGGCUCUGCUCAAACCCUGGAUUGAGCGGUAUAUCGAGGCUGCGCGGCAACGCCGAUCAUAUAUGCCCGUUGGGGAGCCCGAAAGCUAG